CUUGAAAAAAAAUGCAAAAAGACAAAACCUUUUCAGUCACUCCCAAAAAUAUCAGAAACUGACGGACACACUCAAUCUCAUCAUCACGGAUGCGUAUUCUCAGAUAUCCAUGUCUCAAUCCCAUCUUAGAAGCUCGUGUUCUGCUUCAGUGGCGUUGAUGCGACAGGAUAUUCAUUGCCUAGAUUGUUAAAAUUUAGGGAAAAAGGGAGAAGCUUUGUGACUUUAUCUUAAAAAAUGGCUGUUUGGUCACCAUCAGUUGGGAUAGGAGGAUCUUGUUGUCUUCUUAACAAUGGCAUCACUGAAGCAUGGAGGUUUCCUUCCACCUGUUUCUCAACGUGUAAUAACAAGACUAAACGUGGAUCCAAGACCCUGAGAGUUACAAGUGCGCUGCAAAGUUAUCAUCGGUUGAGUAAGAUUCUUGCUUCAAAAACUUCUACCGAGCUGAAGGAAGAGAUAUCUGCAAGAAGUGCUCAGGUCGAUGACUUAAAGAAGGUAACAACCUCCUACUCGUUCCGGACCAAGUCUGGUGCUCUUGUCAAAGUUAAAGUCGAAAAUAAGAGAGAUAAGUACAGUAUCAUGGUCUAUGUCUCAUCGUUGGAGCUAAGUGGUUGUGAUGAUGACAACAAGAGUAGUAGUAGUCUGGUGAUGGUUUGGGGUGUCUACAGGUCUGACUCUUCUUGUUUCUUGCCUCUGGAUUUCGAAAGCUUCUCUCAAGAUUCACAAACCCACACAACGGAAACUCCCUUUGUGAAAGGAUCCUUGUCUGAGUCAAAGCUUGGGCUAGAGUUUGAUGGGAAAGAAUCUCCUUUCUACCUAUCCUUCCGGCUGAAGAAUCCGAAUGGUGGUCUUGAAAUGCUGACUCACAGGGACAUAAAAUUCUGUGUCCCGGUUGGUUUCACUGCUGGUCAUCCAUUGCCACUAGGCCUCUCCUCUGGACCAGAUGAUGAUAACUCAUGGAACUUCGCCUUCUUUUCAAGAAAUGCAAAGAGCGUGGUGUUAUGCUUGUAUGAUGACACCACAACGGAUAAACCUGCGUUGGAGCUUGAUCUUGAUCCGUACGUCAACAGAACAGGUGAUGUCUGGCAUGCUUCAGUUGAGAAGACAUGGGAGUUUGUUAGAUAUGGGUACUGUUGUCACUCUGAAGAAGAAGUUGAAGCUGAAGAUAUUGUUUUGGAUCCUUAUGCCAGAGUUAUUGAAAAAUCCAUCUCUCAGAAGUUUCUUGGAAGCUUAUCCAAAAGCCCUUCCUUUGAUUGGGGAAGAGAUGCAUCUCCAAACAUACCACUGGAGAAACUCAAUGUCUACCGUUUGAAUGUGAAAGGUUUUACACAACACAAGUCCUCCAAGUUGCCAACUAACAUAGCAGGGACUUUUACCGGUGUAGCUGAGAGAGUAAACCAUUUGAAAACACUUGGAGCCAAUGCUGUUCUCUUGGAGCCAAUCUUCUCCUUCUCCGAGCAACAAGGUCCUUACUUCCCAUUUCAUUUCUUUUCACCCAUGGACAUGUAUGGACCUUCCAAUUCAAUGAAGGAGAUGGUGAAGAGACUGCACAGCGAGGGGAUUGAGGUGCUUCUGGAAGUAGUUUUCACACAUACUGCUGACUCUGGAGCUCUCCAUGGAAUUGAUGACAGUUGUUAUUAUUUAGAUUCCAAAAGUUACUUGAACUGUAACUUCCCCGUUGUCCAGGAGUUGGUUUUGGAGAGCCUGCGUUAUUGGGUGACUGAGUUUCAUGUAGAUGGGUUUUCUUUCAUCAAUGCUUCCUCUCUCUUGAGAGGCGUCCACGGUGAACAUCUUUCUCGCCCUCCCUUGGUUGAAGCUAUCUCUUUCGAUCCUCUCCUGGCUGGGAGAAAGCUCAUUGCUGAUUGUUGGGAUCCACAUGACAUGAAGAUGCCAAAGGAAGUACGGUUCCCUCAUUGGAAGCGAUGGGGGGAAGUGAAUACAAGAUACUGUCGGAAUGUGAGGAACUUUCUGAGGGGAAGAGGCCUUCUUAGCGACUUGGCGACAAGAAUCUGUGGAAGUGGUGACGUAUUCACUGAUGGAAGAGGUCCAGCUUUCUCCUUCAACUACAUUUCAAGAAACUCAGGAUUCUCUCUCGUUGACUUAGUCAGUUUCAGUGGCCCUGAGGUGGCCUCAGAGCUGAGCUGGAACUGUGGGGAAGAAGGAGCAACGAACAAAUCAGCCGUUCUUCAGACAAGGCUGAAGCAAAUCCGCAACUUCUUGUUUAUACAGUACGUUUCACUUGGAAUCCCUGUGCUCAACAUGGGAGAUGAAUGUGGAGUCUCUACAAAGGGCUUGGGAUCACGGAAGGCCUUUGAUUGGAACAUGUUGGCUUCAGCUUUCGGUGUGCAGAUCACACAGUUCAUCUCAUUCAUGACUUCGGUUAGAGCAAGGAGAAGCGAUGUGUUUCAGAGGAGAGACUUUCUGAAACCUGAGAACAUUGUUUGGUAUGCAAACGACCAGACUACUCCGAAGUGGGAAGACCCUGGUUCCAAAUUCUUGGCGUUGGAGAUCAAAGCUGAGACAGAGGAAGAAACAACGGCUUCACUGGUUGAGCCAACCGAGCCAAAGAACAAUGACUUGUUUAUUGGGUUCAAUGCAAGUGAUCAACCUGAGAAUGUUAUCUUGCCUUCACUUCCUAGUGGAAGGAAAUGGAGGCGGUUGGUGGACACAGCUCUUCCUUUCCCAGGUUUUUUCUCUGUUGAAGGAGAGACCGUUGUAGCAGAAGAAGAAGAAGAAGAAGAAGAGAUGAAUCAACCAGUGAUGUAUGAGAUGAAGCCGUACAGUUGUACUCUUUUUGAAACCAUCAAUGCUACUGCUUAGAAACUCAAAACUAUGAUCUUUGUAUAUGUUAAAGAUUGUGUUAUCAUGUUUGAAAUAAGAAUAUUUAAUCAAAUCAA